AUGACUUCAGCACUUCUCACAGCCCUCAAUCAAAAGUAUAUCAAUAGUGCAAGAGUGCGCAGCAAAUUUUUCUCUCUUUUACCUCUUUCCUACACUUUCCGCCUGGUCCAAAAGAUAUGUAUCUUCUUCUUCUUUGCCUUUCUACUAGAAUAUAUUUAUCCAUCUACUUUGCUAGCAGUGACGAGUGUCCGUGUUUCUGUCCAUGGGGUUUUUGUGCCUCCGUACUCUUUCGAUGGGUGUAUACACACCGGUAUAUGUCUGUUUGCGGAGCUGUGGGGAGUGAGCAAUCGUUUCCUGUGGUGGGAGUAUAUAUGCACCGAUAUUGUGUUAGCCAACCGACGAUCAAGCCGUAUAUCAAGUAAGCCAGACCUACACGGACGUUUCGUUUCCGUUGUAGAGAAGUUUCCAGGCCAGACCUACGAGUGGUAUUGCGCGAAUGCGCUCGUACUGUGUCUUCAGUGGUUCGCUGCUGAUUGCAUAGCAAUUUUUCGAAGUUGCACAAGUGUCUGGCAAGGCGGUUUUAGUGUGCGCGAUGCGACUUUAGUCGAUACUCUAGAGAGUGUAGCUUGCUGGAAGGUCCGAGUUGGUUCUUGUGUGCGCGAUGCGGUUGCGGUGUCAGCCGAUACUCUAGAGAAAGCUAGCUGGUUGAGAUUCUGUCUCCGAGGAAAUACUGGCGUCAAAAGUUCCCAGAUGGGACCCCAUUUCUUUCUAGACCUACAAGGGGACAUUGCACGGAAUGCACCUUUGUACAUUGCAAGUAUUUAUACUUGCGCCAAGUGUCUAGCCGAGCUAGUUUGUCGUGCGUUUGAUGCAGUUGCGGUUGCCAACUCGUACUUCAGAGAAAGAUGGUUAGUUGAGAGGGUGUAG